AUGCAUUCACAACGCGUCUGGAAGCUGCCCGGGCUGAUUCUGCGGCUCAGUGGUCAAGCCACGAGGAGAAGCAUAUCCGCAUCCGCAUUUUUGCGAAAAGCGUCGCCGUAUGAAGAAUCGACAAUCCAGAAUCUCCGGAUAGGCAAGAAUACCCGAGUAAUUUACCAAGGGUUCACAGGAAAAGCGGCCACCGCGAAUGCGAAAGACACAAUUGCCUAUGGGACGAAUAUCGUGGGCGGUGUUUCACCCGGAAAGGGCGGCCAGAUACACCUCGACCGACCUGUGUUCAACACCGUUCGAGAGGCCAUGGAGCGGGUAAAGCCUCACGCGACAUCCGUCUUCGUACCCGCGCCUUUUGCAGCCAAGGCCAUCCUCGAGGCCAUAGAAGCCGAGGUUCCUCUGGUUGUAUCCGUCGCCGAGCACAUUCCGGUGCACGAUAUGCUGCGCGUACAAGAAGCGCUCAGGACGCAGACAAAGACUCGUCUCGUCGGUCCUAACUGCCCCGGUAUCAUUGCCCCCGAGCAGUGCAGAAUUGGCAUCAUGCCGUACGGGCAAUAUUCAAAAGGCAGAGUAGGCAUCGUCUCGAAGAGUGGCACGCUGAGCUACGAAGCGGUCGGUGCUACGACAAAAGCCGGUCUUGGACAGAGUAUCGUGGUCGGAAUGGGUGGAGAUAUGCUCCCGGGAACCACCCUUGUGGAAGGGCUGAAAUUGUUUUUCGAACAUGACGAUACGGAGGGCAUAAUCGUUAUUGGGGAAAUUGGAGGGGAGGCGGAGCUUAAGGCCGCAGAAUUGAUCAACGAGUAUCGGAGGAACACGCCGAACCCCAAGCCCAUAAUUGCCAUGGUGGCCGGCAGGACGGCGCCACCUGGUAAGACGAUGGGUCAUGCGGGAGCCCUACUUUCGCCCAGAGACGUGUCAGCAGAUGCCAAGGCAAAGGCGCUUGAGGAGGCCGGAGCGCUUGUCGUACCUCACCCUGGAGUAAUGGGCGUUGAGAUGAAGAGACUGCUUGGAGCUUAG